UCCGGGCCCCCAACAGUCUUAGGGACCAUGAACUGGCGCUCCACUUAAAAAGUUUGAGGGCCCCUGAUCUAGACACUAUACUCCUAUUUAUGCAGGCCAUAAAUUGUGCUUCUCGUGCACGACAGAGGGUUGGACUGGAUGGCCCUUGGGGUCUUUUCCAAUUCUAUGUUUCUGUGAUUAUAUGUUAUUCGAAAUGCUCUUAGUGGAGGAGAAAUGAAGCUAUACGAUCAAGUCUACCUCUGCCAGAGAGGUUUUUGCUAAUUCACGUUGAGUUGAAUAACCUCCUUCCUUCAAACAGUCACCCAAGAACCGUUGAGGUUUUCCUCUCACUCCAUCUACUCUCAGGAGGGAAGGGACAACCCGGCUUUGCAAUCCUUCCUUCCUCAAAUAACAAACAUCCAGCAACUCAUUCCCUGGUCACGUUCUGCAAUCACCAGCUUGGAACGGAUGAGUGUGUCCCAGCAACCAAGGACUGUCCUUGCGCCAUUGCGUUGGAGGAGAGAAAGAUCCCAACAUCAACCACCAUACUAGACGCUUCAAAGCCAACCUGUUUUGGCAUCAUGCGGUUCCUGCCUCUUCUGCUUUCCACCCUCUUGAUCCUGAUCCUGACUUCUCCAGGGUCUGCUAAAAGACCAACCUCUGAUCUCGAAUGUCAGAAAGCAAAAGGUCUGUGUCUCCAUCAAAGGUGUCGGCGUCCCUGGCGCUCAGUGGGAACAUGCAAUAACCUGCAGCACCACUGUUGCCAAAGAGGGACACAUCUGCCUCCUAUGAUUCCUACCGCCAAUCAAGAAUACAGGAGAAAAUGAUGAUGAAGCCCAGCUGUCUGGACUCAUCUCAGGAUCCUGAUUUAGGGCAAAUAUUAAUCACACUUCAUUGAGCAUUUCCCCUUCUCAAAACAAAAAGACAGUAUCUCUUUCUUAAUACAAAAUCAAUGGAAUUUCCCUUUCAAUAAAAUCUAAUGGCAUGCUAACUGUAUAACCAAAGUGUAGGUCUUAAGUGAAAUCAUAUAAAUGGAAUUAUUCUGCUU